GUGCAAACUGUGGAGCAAGAAAAGUGGGAUAGUGUGUGUGUGUGUGUGAGAGAGAGAGAGAGUGACAGAGAGAGAGAGAGGGAGAGGAACCACUGUAUCAGCUACUGCAGAGCCAUGUCCCAGGAGAAGAGGAAACCAAGGGCCGUGGACGUGCUGCCAUCGGACGGCGGCUGGGGUUGGGUCAUCGUGGCCGGCUGCUUCAUGGUCACCAUCUGCACGCGUGCCGUGACCAGGUGUAUCUCCAUUUUCUUUGUGGAGUUUCAGAUGCACUUUGGCCAUGACUACUCAGGGACAGCAUGGAUUCACUCUUUAGUUGACUGCACAACUAUGCUUUGUGCACCUCUUGGCAGCUUCAUUGGGAACAGGUUCUCAUGUCGCGUGGCCGUGAUUCUGGGCGGGCUCCUGGCGUCCACUGGCCUGGUGCUCAGCUCCCUCGCCACUAGCCUCGAGUUCUUGUACCUCAGCCUGGGGGUCCUGACAGGCGUUGGGUUCGCUCUGUCUUACACACCGGCCAUUUCCAUGGUGGGGGCGUACUUCUCCGAGAGGAAGGCCCUGGCCUUCGGUAUUGCCAUGUCAGGGAGCGGCAUUGGCACCUUCAUCCUGGCGCCCGUUGUCCAGCUCCUGAUUGACUACUAUUCGUGGCGCGGUGCGCUGCUUAUCCUGGGCGGAUUCGUGUCCAAUCUGUGCGUCUGCGGGGCCCUUCUCCGACCCAUCGUCCUCAAAGAGGACGAGGACGAGGCAUGUCCACUCGCCAGGGACUCAGAGUGUGGCUUCAAAGCCCCGACGGAGAAAGAAGUGCUUCAGACCAAGAUGGACAGUGAGUUGCUCUUCCUCCUCAUCUCCCUACAAGAGUACAGCUUCCUGCUCAUGCCGGACUUCCUGGUGCUGGCUGGCUCCUUUCUGUUCCUGGCCAAUGGCUGCAGCCUGCCCUUCGUCUACCUGGUGCCGUACGCACUGGAUGUUGGGGUCAGCCACCACCAGGCUGCGUUCCUCAUGUCUAUCUUAGGCAUUGUUGACAUCAUCGGAAACAUCACUUUCGGAUGGCUCACUGACCGGAGAUGGUUGAAGAGGCACCGCAAGCUGUGCUACAUGUUCGCCUUGGGCAUGGAGGGUCUGUGCUGCCUCUUCAUCCCCCUCCUCCGCACCUUUGCCCUCCUGGUGCCGUUCUCCGUGCUCUACGGCUACUUCGAUGGCGCUUACGUGGCACUCAUACCCGUGGUGACCUCCGACGUGGUGGGCACAUCGCAGCUGUCGUCGGCCCUGGGAGUGGCCUACUUCUUGCACGCCAUUCCGUAUCUUCUCAGCCCACCAAUCGGAGGCUGGUUGGUGGACACCACAGGCAGCUACACGGCCACCUUCUUCCUGAGUGGCUUCUCGCUCAUUGCCAGCUCGCUGUUGCUCUUCCGCGGCGCGGAUGGAGUCCGCCUUUCUGCCACCAGAGACAGCCCAUGCCAGGGGGCGCCAGCGACCCAGGCGGCCCCCCACGGGAGACCCCUGCUGUAA